CAGGCUGAUUAUAAAACACUCUGAGCAGCAGUUUCCUCCUCUUCAGAGCUGUCUCCACUGUAUCUCUGUCUCUUUAUUUAGCCUUUACUGUUAUCUGGCCAGUUAGUCAGCUCGCAGUGCUCUGUGUGGAGGACCGAGGGAGGGUGGAAGGGUGAGCUGUCAGAGGGACCCGUGGACAGGUCGCAUUUACCCAGCCUGCCAAGCUGUAUGUCAAUCACUGUUACAGGGCUGCUUGCAUCUUGUGGAUUUAUCUCUGUGUGAGUGACACCUGGGAAGGCGAGGGAGACCUGAGCAGAGAGGCCGGAGGCUGCGCUGUCCCUCCUGUGCGUGUGGAUGACCUGUGCUCCUCUAGUCUGCUCCUCAACACGAUGAACAAGAUGAAGAACUUCAAAAGGCGUUUCUCUCUUUCUGUUCCUCGCACCGAGACCAUCGAGGAGAAUGAGUUCACCGAACAGAUCAACCAGCUCAACAUACGGCACACGCAGGGCCUGACUCCAGACAUGCUGGGUCCUCCAUCUCAAGAUGCCAGUCCGGUGACACCUGAAGCAACAACACCGGGAGCUCAGUCUCCAUCCCACCUCCACUAUCACAGCAAGGCCCAGCACAGACGUUUCUCCAUGGAGGACGUCAGUAAGCGCAUGUCUCUGCCCAUGGACAUCCGUCUGCCUCCAGAGUUCCUCAAGAAACUGCAGCUGGAGAGUGACAACUCACCGCUCUGCAAACCUCUCAGCCGCAUGUCUCGACGGGCUUCGCUGUCUGACAUAGGUUUUGGGAAACUGGAGACAUACGUGAAGCUCGGCAAACUGGGUGAAGGGACGUACGCCACGGUGUUCAAAGGGCGAAGCAAGCUAACAGAGAACCUGGUGGCAUUAAAGGAGAUCCGACUGGAGCACGAGGAGGGAGCACCUUGCACUGCUAUCAGAGAAGUGUCUCUACUGAAGAACCUCAAACACGCCAACAUCGUCACGCUGCACGACAUCAUCCACACUGAACGCUGCCUCACUCUGGUGUUUGAGUAUCUUGACAGCGACCUUAAACAGUACCUGGACAACUGCGGGAAUCUCAUGAGCAUGCAUAAUGUUAAGAUCUUCAUGUUCCAGCUGCUGCGUGGUCUGUCUUACUGCCACAAGAGGAAAAUCCUCCACAGAGACCUAAAGCCUCAGAACCUGCUCAUCAACGACAAGGGCGAGCUCAAACUGGCUGACUUCGGUCUUGCGAGGGCCAAGUCCGUGCCCACUAAGACCUACUCCAAUGAGGUGGUAACUCUGUGGUAUCGGCCCCCUGACGUGCUGCUGGGCUCUACAGAAUACUCCACACCUAUCGACAUGUGGGGUGUGGGCUGCAUCUUGUAUGAGAUGGCAACAGGUCGUCCUAUGUUUCCUGGAGCCACAGUCAAGGAGGAGCUACACUUAAUUUUUAGGCUCAUGGGCACUCCAACAGAAGAGACUUGGCCUGGUAUCAGCAGUAAUGAGGAGUUUAGGUCUUACCUAUUUCCUCAGUACAGACCUCAAGCACUCAUUAACCAUGUUCCAAGGUUGGACACUGAAGGGAUUGACCUGCUGUCUGCUCUGCUGCUGUACAACACAAGGACCAGAAUCACCUCUGAAGCCGCUCUAAGACACCCCUACUUCCUGAGUCUGGGGGAUAACAUACACAACGUGGCAGACACUGCGUCAAUGUUUUCCCUCAGAGAGAUCCAGCUCCAGAAGGACCCAGGCCACCGCAGCUCAGUGUUUCAGCCUUUAGGUCGAGGAAAGAACCGAAGACAAAGCAUCUUCUAGAGGUCACAGGGGACCGGAAACAAAUACAAAAGAGGAGCUGCCUUUUCAGACAGCAGAACAAAGGCCAACACAGCUCAGUACAUUCACAAGCAUGCUUACCUACGUGCACACGUCUGCAUGUACAAACAAAAUCAUGUGCAUUCACUCAUUUCCAUGGCAGCUGACCGUGGACACACACACAGGGUUUCUGGAAAUAAAUUGUCCUGCACGUGAAAUGACUGAGCUGAGAUACACUGUCCCUCCACACACAUACAGUACAUAUUUGCACACAUUUGCACAAUCAGCAACAUGCUGCCAUUACUUAAUUGCACACACCAGAGUAUCCUGCUGACACACGCACACACACACACACACAACCCAAGAAAAUAUCAGCUGUAAGUAAAACUUCCCUGCUCUGCUCCUUCGUGGUGUACACAUGCAUGCAAGCUUGUGUAACUGCCUAUGAGGGCACACCCACUGCUUUGACCAUCCAAGAUGGCUACCACAUCUUGGACCAUCACACCAAAUCCA